GAGCUUUUAACGCCCUCUUGUGUUGCAAAUAAUAGUCUGUAGACUAUUUUGCAUUGUGCUUAUGCAUAGUUGUUGAUUUCAGAGAGUGGCAUUUUUCUGUCGAAGUACAGUUAUACACGUCUUUUGACAAGACACAUUUCUAAAUAACUUUGUAUUAGUCGGUUUCUUCUGUGAAUGUCAGUCAGCUGGGGUAGGUGGGGUCACAAAGAGCCAAGAUGGCUGACUUUGAGGAGCCGCUGUCAGAUGAGGAGAAGGUCCGCAUAGCAGCCAACUUUGUGACUCAUGCCCCCCCGGGAGAGUUCAAUGAGGUCUUCAAUGAUGUGCGGCUCCUUCUUAAUAAUGACAACCUCCUUAGGGAGGGGGCUUCACACUCCUUUGCCCAGUACAACAUGGAUCAGUUCACUCCUGCCAAACUAGAGGGCUACGAUGAGCCGGUCCUAAUCACAGAGCAUGGUGACCUUGGUCAGGGACGCUUUCUGGACCCCCGCAACCGUUUGUCGUUCCGCUUCGAUCACCUAAGAAAAGAGGUGAGCGAUGUGCAGCCAUAUGAAGGAGAUAUGGCCCUGAGAAGCUGGAGAGAUGCCUGUGAUACUGCCCUUAGUGCCUACGUUAAAGAGCACUACCCUACUGGAGUCUGCACGGUAUAUGGGAAAACGGUUGAUGGUCAGCAAACUAUCAUAGCCUGCAUUGAGGGACAUCAGUUUCAACCCAAAAACUUCUGGAAUGGUCGCUGUAGGUCUGAGUGGAAGCUUACGAUUGGUCAGUCCACUGCUCAGGUGGUGGGAGUGUUGAAAAUCCAGGUGCAUUAUUAUGAAGAUGGAAAUGUGCAACUGGUUAGCCAUAAGGAGGUAGAAGAAUCAAUACCAGUGACUAAUGAAAGCCAGACAGCCAAGGAAUUUGUUGACAUUAUUGAGAACGCUGAAAAUGAUUAUCAGACUGCAAUCAGUGAGAACUACCAGACCAUGUCUGACACCACCUUUAAGGCCCUGCGUCGUCAGCUGCCUGUCACACGCACUAAGAUCGACUGGAAUAAGAUCCUAAGUUACAAAAUUGGCAAGGAGAUGCAGAAUGCCUAGUGGAAGGUCAGGGACUGACCAGGGAGGCGCAUGCUCCACUUGUCCCACAACCCACCUAUACAUGCGCAAAGACUAACCAAAGCAAAACUAUGUCAGUAUGGGGCAAGGAAUUAAUAAAAAAGAAUAAAAAAAAACUAUAACUGAAGAUUUGCAGACUGUUAGGCACAGGUAUCCAUCUGCUGUAAGGAAGUUGCAGUUAUGGAGAUAAUUAAUGGUUGAAGAAACUGGUUACUUCUGGAUGUGUGUGUGUUGUGAAAGAGUUGUGUUGGGUCAGUGUGCAGGGCUGUGCUCAGGACUGCUACAUUAAAGAAGUAAAUCUUCCUUAGUCCGUCAAAGGAAUCACAGACGUACCUGGAUUCAAGUGUCAGAAAUUAAAAUAUUUUUUUCUUUGUCAAACUGAUGCAGAACUGUGAUCAUGUAACAGUGGAGAUCACAGCACACAGGAACAAAAACCAGAACUGCACAAGGCAGCUGAUUAGAGAAUUGAAGCACAUCGUCACAUAUCAGGGUUUGAUUUUGGACAGGAAAAUAUCAAUUUUGUGAAGUUUUUGUUUCUUUGUGGUAUUGGAAAUCAGGACAUUGGCAAGAAAAUGAAUAGUAGUCAUCUGACAUUUUAACCGGUACUAAACUUACAGUGUUGCUGACUUAACAUGGAUCUAGGUAUACAUGGGUAAUUGACAGUAUUUUUACCUGUUGUUAACAUUUAGGAGUAGUAGGAUCCUCAGCAUAGCUCUGAUCCUGCACUGUAGACCUAUGUGUUUGUCAGUGUCUGUCAGGGCUGAGAGAAUGUUUACUUGUUUUCUGUUGCGCUCCACUGAUGUACUCCACCAAUGCAAACUACGAUGACUGAAAUAAGAUAAAGCAACUUCUGCGCUGCUGCAUCUAUAAUGCAUUUUCUGGUCUCUUACUUUGGCAACACCACCUCCAUUGCUGUACAGCUUUUCCUUUGUGAAAGGAAAACAUACUCAUAAUAACCAAGAUUUAUUUGCCAAAAUCUCUUUCCUAUGGUAAAGAACUCCAUCCUCCCACCCAUGUAUGCAAAUUUCUAUUUUAAUAUGCUGGUUUUUGUUGGAGUCUUAGAAUAUUGCACUCUUAACUGUAACAGUCUUUGUGUAUUGGUCAAUGCCAAGUGAACGCAAAGCAGUUGCAAUGUAAGGCAAAAUCAUGUACUGUAUAUGUUACAUGACUUCUGUAAGGCCACAUCAUACUGUAUGUGUUACAUGACUUGUAAGUGGGCUGACUCUGGAUCAGUUACUUGUUAGCUAGACUAUGUGCCGUGUUCAACCCUCACACUAACUGUGUGCCGAUCGGUUAUAAAGUUCGAGACUGUACUGCCCCAUUCUGUUGUACAAAUAAAUGGAUUGAACAUC